AUGUCGAUAGUGCGCGUCUUCCUGGCCAAUUCUCAUUGGCCGGAUCCGUCUCAAGACUCACCAGAAACUUCACGUCGGCCGCUGUGCCCCUUUGAGAAUGGAAUUUUCGAGAAAAUUACAAGGAAUCUCCUAGCGACAUCGAGUUUCUGUGAUCAAGGUUACGGAACUGAUCGAGGUGGGGGAAGGGUUACAGGGGGUUCAAAUGAUGGCGGGGACUUGGCAACCCUUGAAUAG